AUGGCGUCAGUCGGGCUGCAGGCUCUGGUCGCUGAGCCCGCCGACUUUAUCCAGCAUCUCGCUAUCCAGAACCAGCUCCUGGCGUGCUUGAAGUGGCUGAGCGAAUUCCAAGUGCUGGCAUGCAUCCCGCUCGACGGCAGCAUCUCGAUUGAGGAAAUUGCAGACCUCGCCAGCGUACCCGAGACGCAGCUUGGCCGUGUAGUGCGGAUGAUGGCGACGGCAGGCUUCCUUCACGAGCCUCACCCCGGCCACAUCGCCCACACAUCCCUGUCGGCGCCGUUUGUAACUAACCUUGCCUUUCUCGAUGCUGCCAUGUUCCUUGCCGAAACCGCUGCACCUACUGCCCUGCAUAUGCCUGCAGCCACGCAGCGCCAGGGCCGUCAGAGCGCCUACUCGCUCGCCUUCCCUGGUUCUCAACCGUUUCCGUCAGCUUGUGUUGAGAGAACGAAGCUGCAGCGGCAGUGGUCGGCCUAUCGUCGAUGCGUAGGCGACGUUGAUGAUAGCGCGACUGAGCUUAUUGGCCGGUUGAAGUGGCGGAGUCUGGGCAACGCCUGUAUCGUCGACGCUUGUGCUCAGUCCACGGAAGCAGUCAUGGCCCUUGCUGAGAUGCAUCCAUCGCUUCAGUUCAUCGUCCAGAUGAUUGAUCCAGCACAGGAUUGCAAUAGUACUAUCGAGGGCUUUAGUGGGCGCAUUACCGUGCAGAGACGAUUGCCAGCAGCUGUCCAGGAGGUCACCAAUGCUGCUGUAUACAUCCUUCGUCUAACCACUCCGUUCACACCUCUGCCUGCGCAAAUGCUUGCCGAGUUGAAUGCGCAUCUCAAUGUGCUCCGUACCAACGCCACGGCCACCCUCAUUUUAGCAUUGCCGUUGCUGCCGGAGCCAAGAGCCGUUAGUGCGGACGUCGAAGCGAAGGUGCGCCUGAGAGAUCUCUGCCGUAUACAAUUAGCGGACCAGCGCGAGAUGGAACCGGGCGAGUUGCUGGAGGCAAUCAACAGUGUGAGCGACAACAACGGUCGGCUUGUGGUGGUCAGCCGGCUCCGUUGCCCGCAAAGCGCUACAGUGGCUUUGGGAGUUCAGUAUCAGACCUUUGCAGAUCGCACCCAUCCAGUAGGACAAAUUGUGGCAUAG